AUGGCCUCCCAAACCCUUCCAUUCGUCUUCCAUCUUCUCAUCGAGACAGCCGCAGCCGCGUCCUUCAUCUUCCGGCCGGAACAACAACUGCCCGACUGCUCCGCGGCUGCGAAGCUGAUUUUGCGCCAGUACGGCGGGCUUCUCCUCUCAACAAACCUCGUCUGUCUGGUCGCCAUCUUCCACCACCAGCCACCCUCUUGCGGCACGCUUCUCGCUGCGGCUCUAGGCACUUAUCACGCCUGGCCCAUCCAUCGUGCUCUCGCGCGUCUACAAUAUAAGGUAGAAGGCGACAGCGAAGGACAAGGCGCCGCGUUGGGAGGGCCGGCUGUGCAUCUGGUGUUGCACUCGCUGGGUCUUGCCGCUUUCCUCGCGGUGGCAGUCUUUGGAGACAACAAAGGGGCUUGA